AUGUCGAUUUCUAUUUCUGACCUGGAGAAACAGUUCUCCAUUGCCACAAAUUCCAUUCAUAUCGACGAUCGAUAUGCCGGGCCAGAGUUGGCGCCUGCAAUGCAUCCAACAACCACUUUCCGAUACCCGUAUGAUCCCGAUGAACUAGAGCCCCAGCAAGCUCUAUCGAAAACAAAGCACGUAUAUGCUAGAGUCGCACGGCCAACUAGUUCCCGAUUGGAGCUUGUGCUGUCGACAAUACUUAAAGGAGAAUGUUUGACAUAUGCAACAGGACUCGCUGCUAUCCACGCUUAUCUGACCUGUCUCACCCCGAAGAAGGUUGCCAUAACGGGUGGUUAUCAUGGUGCGCACGAUGUGCUCCGGAUCCAGGAGCGGUUGACGGGGGUCAAAAAGGUCGGAUUACACGAGACGGAUCAACUCGAGAAAGGAGACGUGAUUCAUCUUGAAACACCUCUGAACCCGACCGGCGAGGCACGAAACAUUGCCGCAUAUUCUAAAAUCGCCAAGGACAAAGGACUAUAUCUUGUUGUUGAUUCCACAUUCGGGCCACCAUCAUUGCAAGAACCAUUCCUCUGGGGCGCCGAUCUCAUCAUUCACAGUGGAACCAAGUAUAUCGGCGGCCACAGCGAUAUCAUGUGUGGUGUAAUCAGCACAUCUCCGCAGCAGCCAGAGCUGUUUAUGAAGUUAUGGGAGGACCGAUGUGCGCUUGGGAACAUCAUGGGGGGAUUUGAGUCCUGGCUCGGUCUUCGCAGUUUGCGGACACUAGACAUUCGUUGCAUCCGACAAAGUCAGAACUGCACGGCGCUCGUGAGUUGGCUGUCCGAGAUGGUCAACUCUCCAGCCCCGAAUGAAGUCAAUGCCACAGUUGAAAGUCUGAAACAUGCCAGUCUACAAAAGAAUGAUAUGGACUGGCUUGAACAUCAGAUGCCGAAUGGCUUUGGUCCGGUUUUCAUGAUGAUCAUGAAGGAUCCUCUCCAGGCUCGGCGAUUACCGAGCAAGUUGCGUGUCUUCCAGCAUGCGACAAGUCUCGGUGGUGUGGAGAGUUUGAUCGAAUGGCGAAACAUGACCGAUCCUACGGCUGGAGCGAAUAUCAUGCGGGUCAGUGUGGGCAUCGAGACUUUUGAGGACCUGCAAAAGGACCUACAGAAUGGUCUGCGGACUCUUGUUGAGGAAAAUGGAAACUAG